CAACACAGCAAACACCCUUUUAAAUCCACUCGAAAACACACAAAUUUCCCUCAGAUCUCAAUUUUUUUUCCCAUUACAAACACAACACAAAAAAGAAAAGAGAUCCCCAAAGUAUAGAAUAGAAUCCCAUUAAUAUUAUGGCGCGUGAGGAGAACGUGUACAUGGCAAAGCUUGCCGAGCAAGCUGAGAGAUAUGAAGAAAUGGUGCAGUUCAUGGAGAAAGUCUCUACCUCCUUAGGUACCUCAGAGGAACUAACCGUCGAGGAACGGAAUCUCCUUUCCGUCGCCUACAAAAACGUCAUCGGGGCUCGUAGAGCCUCGUGGCGUAUAAUCUCCUCGAUCGAACAGAAGGAAGAAUCGAGGGGAAACGAGGACCAUGUGAAAUGUAUUAAGGAGUACAGAUCUAAGAUUGAAUCUGAACUCUCGAAUAUCUGUGAUGGAAUUCUCAAGCUCCUCGAUACUAAUCUCAUUCCUUCGGCUUCUAAUGGUGAUUCUAAGGUGUUUUACCUUAAAAUGAAGGGUGAUUAUCAUCGUUAUUUGGCUGAGUUUAAGACUGGGGCUGAACGUAAGGAAGCCGCUGAGAGUACUCUCUCUGCAUACAAAGCCGCUCAGGACAUUGCAAAUGCUGAACUUGCCCCAACACAUCCAAUCCGACUUGGACUGGCUCUCAACUUCUCUGUGUUUUAUUAUGAGAUUUUGAACUCUCCUGAUCGUGCUUGCAAUCUUGCUAAACAAGCAUUUGAUGAAGCAAUUGCCGAGUUGGACACACUGGGAGAAGAAUCUUACAAGGAUAGCACUUUGAUCAUGCAACUUCUUCGUGACAAUCUCACUCUCUGGACCUCCGAUAUGCAGGAUGAUGGUGCUGAUGAAAUUAAGGAAACCAAAGCUGAAGAACAACAGUGAGGGAACCGACACUCCAAAUUAUCUUUUGACUUCUUCCUGGUUGUUUUUAUUGGGAGAAGCUGCUUCUUUUUACUUAUUUCCUUUCUUCUGUGGUUUCCCUUUUAGCGUUCUCUUAUCCGCGACAAUGAACAACUUUGAAUAUUGAUGUUCAAUUGUUUCAUCUUUACUUUAAUGUGGUUCUUUCUGGUGCUUAGUUUCUAUGAAAAAGCAUUUCAGUUGUAUUUGUGAACUGGAUUUAUAAAAUGGUAUAUCGAAAGUGAUACUCAGCAAUCAGAUUUCUAUCAA